AUGGAUAUCAAAACCUACAUAUCAGACUCCCUUCUUCAGUUUACCGGAGUCUCAGACCCUACCGUUGUCGAUUUUGUUCUUGCCACAGCGUCAAAAGCCAAAUCACGGGAUUCCCUACGCGACCAGCUUGGGGUGUUUUUAGAUGGCGGGGAUGGAGAUGUACAACCGUUCUAUUCGGAGUUAUGGAAUCGGGUAAAUCCGUCGGGGCGCGAUGACAUGCCGACAAAGGAUAAGCCAAGUCAACAGCAGUCGAAGAAGAAAUACCGUUUGGUUGAAAUGGAAGACGAGCCGGCAGACCACGACCUUAAUGUUAGCAAGCCCCGGUCAAAGGAGGCUGGCUCAUCUCGCUCGCGGUCCACGCCAAAAAGCAGAAGUGACGAAAGCAGUGAGCACAAAAGGCGGGAUAACAAUACUGAUGGACGGGAACACAAUCGGCCAAGGAAAGUUCGGCGGAUAGACGACCAGGAUUUUGCCAGCCGGUGGGGGGAUGAAGAGCCUCCGUUAGGCGAAGAUGAGCUCGAAGAACAACGUAUGCCUCCUCCAAAAACCUCUCGCGACAAGACCAGCGCUUCCUAUGUCGACGAGUCGGACGAAAACCAUAAUGAUGACCCCGAAAGAGCUAGGGAACGUGAUAAGCGGGAACGUGAUGAGUUCGCGAAACGGCUGGUGUCAAAGGAUGAUCAACGAUCCAAAAAGCUCAUCGAAGACAGGUCAUCCAGAAAGGAGGGUGGGGUGGCUGCGCGGAGAGCCCUUGCAGAUGACUCGGCCGCUAGGGCUGCUGCGAUGCCAGACCUUCGCCUACGAUCUCGUCAAGAUUAUCUAAAGAAGCGAGAGGCUGAACGUCUAGCUUUAUUGCGCAAGCAAGUUGCGGAAGAAACAGCUGAACUCCGCGAAAACCCUGAUUUGACACGGCAGGAGAAAGAAGAGUUCGCAAAGAACAGAGAAGUUUUAAGGUUGACUGAAGAACGGCUGCAAAUAGAUGAUCAUCGAGAUGGCUACUUCCUGCCGGAGGAUUAUAUAACGGAGAAAGGGAAGAUAGACCGGAAACGAAAAGAAGAAGCACUUUACAAACGAUAUGUCGAUCGUGAUGACCAUGGCAAGGAACGUUUUGUCACCGAACAUGAGGAGUGGGAACUUGAACAAACUGCAAAGGCCAAAGCCCAGGUUACAAAAGCAGAAUUUGUUGAUGAAGGGGACUAUGAAUAUGUCUUCGAUGAUGCGCAGAAGGUGAAUUUCAUCAUGGAUUCAAAGCUAGUUGGCGACCACAAACCCAUGACGAAGGACCAGAUGCUUCUGCACAAACAAAUUGAUGCAGCUGAGAAGAAGGCAGCAUCGAUUGAAGAGACGCGGAAAAGCCUACCGAUUUAUCAGUUCCGAGAACAAAUCCUAGAGGCUGUGGCAAAUCACCAGGUUUUGAUCAUCGUGGGAGAAACUGGUAGUGGAAAGACGACGCAAAUUCCUCAAUAUCUACACGAAGCAGGGUAUACUAAAGGUGGUCUCAAAAUAGGAUGUACGCAACCACGUCGAGUUGCCGCGAUGAGUGUUGCUGCGCGUGUUGCCGAAGAAGUAGGAGUUAAGCUUGGAGAUGAAGUGGGAUACUCGAUUCGAUUCGAGGAUACUACCUCCGACAAGACAGUACUGAAGUACAUGACUGAUGGUCGCUUAUUACGAGAACUUCUCAUGGAACCAGAUUUAGCUUCCUACUCUGCUCUGAUGAUUGAUGAAGCGCACGAGCGUACCGUCCCAACCGAUAUUGCCUGCGGUCUCUUAAAAGAUAUCGCGAAAGCCCGGCCAGAUUUGAAGCUCCUUAUCUCGUCCGCAACAAUGGACGCCCAAAAGUUCCAAAAAUACUUUGAUGACGCCCCUAUCUUUAACAUUCCCGGCCGCAGAUACCCCGUCGACGUCCAUUAUACCUCCCAGCCAGAAGCCAACUAUUUGGCCGCUGCAAUCACCACUGUCUUCCAAAUCCACAUAUCCCAAGGCCCAGGAGAUAUAUUAGUAUUCUUGACAGGUCAAGAAGAGAUCGAAUCUGCAGAACAGAAUCUCCAAGAAACAGCCCGGAAACUUGGAAAUAAAAUUAAAGAACUGGUGGUCUGCCCUAUCUAUGCGAAUCUCCCGUCCGAACUGCAAACGAAGAUAUUUGAACCUACACCCCCUGGAGCUCGAAAGGUUGUCCUUGCUACAAAUAUUGCUGAAACAAGUUUGACAAUUGAUGGGAUCGUAUAUGUUAUUGACCCGGGGUUCGUCAAGGAGAGUGUUUUCAAUCCUCGUACUGGCAUGGAAAGUCUCGUUGUCACGCCGUGCUCUAGGGCAUCCGCCGGUCAACGAGCUGGUCGAGCCGGUCGUGUUGGGUCAGGCAAAUGCUUCCGUCUAUAUACGAAAUGGGCGUAUUAUAACGAACUCGAGCAGAACACCACCCCUGAGAUCCAGCGCACAAAUCUCAGCGGUGUGGUGCUAAUGUUGACUUCUCUAGGAAUCAAUGACCUCCUUGACUUUGACUUUAUGGACCCGCCUCCGGCAGAGACCCUGAUCCGUGCUCUUGAGCAGCUUUAUGCACUUGGCGCCUUAAACGACCAUGGAGAACUCACAAAAGUUGGUCGCCAGAUGGCAGAAUUCCCAACUGACCCGAUGCUCUCCAAGUCCAUCCUUGCCGCAGACAAAUACGGCUGCGUUGAAGAGGUUUUAUCCAUCAUCGCCAUGCUAGGAGAGGCUAGCGCCUUAUUUUACAGGCCCAAGGAUAAGAAGAUCCACGCUGACAGCGCUCGCGCCCGAUUCACCAUCAAAGAUGGAGGUGACCACCUAACGCUCCUCAACAUCUGGAACCAAUGGGUAGACGCAGACUUCAGCUAUGUCUGGGCGCGGGAAAACUUCCUCCAGCAGCGAAGCUUAACCCGUGCCCGCGACGUCAGGGACCAACUUGCUAAACUAUGUGAUCGAGUCGAAGUAACUCUCAGUAGCGCAGGAGCAAGCAAUCUACCGGUGAUUCAGAAGGCAAUCACGGCAGGCUUCUUCCCUAACGCCGCUAGACUUCAGCGCGGAGGAGACAGCUAUCGAACCGUCAAGAACGGCCAGACCGUCUACCUCCAUCCAUCAAGCACACUGUUCGGGGCAGAUCCUAAAUGGGUCAUCUACUUCGAGCUGGUAUUGACUAGCAAGGAAUUUAUGCGUAGCAAUAUGCCGCUGCAGCCAGAAUGGUUAACAGAGGUUGCUCCCCAUUAUCACAAGAAGAAGGAUCUGGAGACGCUUGGUUUGGGUAAACCCAAGGGGCCAAAUGCUGCGGAAAAAAGCAAGGCAUGA